AUGGCUCAUUGGCAGAUGUUGUUGACUGAAUAUGAUAUUACAUAUGUGACGAGGAAAGCCAUCAAGGGGAGCGCUAUAGCAGAGUAUAUGGCCAAUAGAGCCAUUAAUGAUUACCAACCUAUGGAGUUUGACUUCCCAGAUCAAGAUAUUGAUUCAAUAGAUCAAGAAGAGGAAGAUAAUAUCAGGUGGAUGAUGCUAUUUGAUGGGGCGACCAAUGUAUGGGGGCAUGGAAUAGGGGUCGUACUUAUAUCACCAGAGGGUAAAUACUACCCAUUCACAACCAAACUCACCUUUCUGUGUACAAAUAAUGUAGCUGAGUAUGAAGUAUGCAUAUUGGGCUUACAAGCAGCUAUUGACGGGGGCAUUAAAGAAUUAACCAUAAAAGGAGAUUCAACUUUGGAAUUCAAUACUAUCAGCUUUUCGCAUUUACCAAGAGAAAGUAAUUUAAUCCCUAGUGCACUGGAAACUUUGGCGGCUUUAUUUAAGGUUGAGCCUGGAAUAGAGAUUGAACCCAUUCGAAUAAGGUUGCAUAGGGAGUCAGCAUAUUGUAUAAUGAUGAAAGAAGCUGAUGGAAAGCCAUGGUUUCAUGAUAUCAAAACAUACAUUCAAGGGAAGGAAUAG